AUGGCGUUUACCAAAGGGAGCCGCAAAUGCCUAGGGAUCGAGCUUGCCAGUGCCGAGCUCUGCCUGGUGAUCGCGGCUCUAGUUCGCACCUUUGACAUGACCCUUUAUGAGACCGACGCGAGGGAUGUUUCCUUUGAGCACGAUUAUCAAGUUGCGAUGCCGAAGAUGGGAUCUAAAGGCGUGAGGGCAACUGUCAGAUUGAGUGGGUCAAUAGUGGUUGCGCUCGUGCUCCUUUCCAAGAGUAACGGUUCUUACACUGACGAGCAAGAUCAUGGUGGUCUCUCCGAAAGCAUCACAUCUGCGAUCUGUUGCUUGAGUAUCUAA